UCGCCUCCAAGUGCUGGUUAAUAUUUUUUGCAGCAGGGGCCAAGGGGACGGAAGAGGAGGAGGAGGAGGAGGAGAGCAUCAGAGGAAGGCAGGGGCCCCACCAUAUCCUAGCAGGGAAAGGCAGCCUGGAGAGAGCCUUGCUGUCAGCCGGGACCUGCCGGCCGAGACCGGGCUGCACACGGGCUGGGUGCAGAACGGGGGGCUCUUCAUCGCCUCCAACAAGCAGCGCCUGGAUGAGUACAAGAGGCUCAUGUCGCUGGGGAAGGUGUAUGGAGUGGAGUCCCACGUGCUGACGCCGGCACAGACCAAGGACCUGUACCCCCUGAUGAACGUUGAUGACCUCUAUGGCACCCUGUACGUCCCCAAGGAUGGCACCAUGGACCCUGCUGGCACCUGCUCCACCCUGGCCAGGGCAGCGACUGCCAGGGGCGCUACGAUCAUCGAGAACUGCCCGGUCACGGGCAUCCAGGUGAGGACUGAUGAUUUUGGGGUGAAGAGGGUGCAUGCAGUGGAGACAGCCCACGGCACCAUCCAGACUCCCUGCGUGGUGAACUGUGCAGGAGUGUGGGCACGGGCCCUGGGCCGGCUGGCAGGUGUGCACGUGCCGCUGGUGGCCAUGCACCACGCCUACGUGGUGACCGAGCGCAUCGAGGGCAUCCAGAACAUGCCAAACGUUCGUGAUCACGACGCCUCGGUCUAUCUGCGUCUCCAAGGCGAUGCCCUCUCCGUGGGUGGAUAUGAGUCAAACCCCAUCUUCUGGGAGGAGGUAUCUGAAAAAUUUGCUUUUGGCCUCUUUGACCUGGACUGGGAUGUUUUCAUGCAACACAUUGAGGGUGCUGUCAACAGGGUGCCAGUUCUGGAGAAAACAGGAAUUAAAUCCACUGUCUGUGGGCCAGAGUCAUUCACAGCUGACCACAAACCACUCAUGGGAGAAGCUCCUGAGGUCCGAGGGUUCUUCCUCGGCUGCGGCUUCAACAGCGCCGGGAUGAUGCUGGGAGGUGGCUGUGGCAGGGAAUUGGCUCACUGGAUCAUCCAUGGCCGGCCAGAGAAGGACAUGUAUGGCUACGACAUCAGGAGGUUCCACCACUCCCUGACCGACAACAACCGCUGGAUGCGCGAGCGCAGCCACGAGUCCUACGCCAAGAACUAUUCCGUGGUGUUCCCCCACGACGAGCCCCUGGCAGGACGCAACAUGAGGAAGGACCCCCUGCACGAGGAGCUGCUGCAGCAGGGCUGUGUUUUCCAGGAGAGGCACGGCUGGGAGAGACCUGGCUGGUUCAGCCCUGGGGGAGCAGCCCCGGUCCUGGACUAUGAUUACUACGGUGCCUACGGCCACGAGCGCCACAGGGACUACAAUUACAACCGCCUGCUGGGGGACGAGUACACCUUCGACUUCCCUCCUCACCAUGACAUCAUCAAGAAGGAAUGUUUAACGUGCAGGAACGCCCUGGCUCUCUUUGACAUGUCUUAUUUUGGGAAGUUCUACCUGGUUGGGCCUGAAGCUACCAAAGCAGCAGACUGGCUGUUCAGUGCUGAUGUGAGCAAAGCCCCAGGCUCCACCGUGUACACCUGCAUGCUGAACCGCCAGGGCGGCGUGGAGAGCGACCUGACCGUGAGCAGGAUCAGCCCCGGCACCCCGGGCUCCCCCCUGGCCCCUGCCUUUGAAGGGGAUGGAUAUUACCUGGCCAUCGGCGGGGCCGUGGCUCAGCACAACUGGUCCCACAUCACCACCGUGCUGCAGGACAUGAAAUUCCAGUGCAAACUCCUCGACUGCUCUGAGGAGCUGGGCAUGAUGAGCAUCCAGGGCCCGCUGAGCCGUGCUGUCCUGCAGGAAGUGCUCGACACCGACCUCAGCAACGAGGCCUUCCCCUUCUCCACGCACAAAAUCACCACAGCUGCAGGAUGCCAGGUCCGUGCCAUGAGGCUGUCGUUUGUGGGCGAGAUGGGCUGGGAGCUGCACGUGCCCAGGGCUGACUGUGUGAAGGUUUAUAGGGCAGUGAUGCAGGCGGGAGCGCGGCAUGGCAUCGCCAACGCCGGCUACAGAGCCAUCGACAGCCUCAGCAUCGAGAAAGGGUACAGACACUGGCACGCAGACCUGCGCCCCGAUGACACCCCGCUGGAAGCAGGGCUGGCCUUCACCUGCAAGCUCAAGUCCAGCAUCCCCUUCCUGGGCCGGGAGGCCGUGGAGGCACAGAAAGCCAAGGGCAUCUUCCGCCGCCUCGUGUGCUUCACCACCGAGCAGAAGGUGCCCAUGUUCGGCCUGGAGGCGGUCUGGAGGGACGGGCAGGUGGUCGGCCACAUCCGCCGGGCAGAUUUUGGGUUUGCCAUCGACAAAACCAUCGCCUACGGCUACAUCCGAGACCCUGCAGGGGGCCCGGUUUCCCUGGAUUUUGUGAAGAGCGGCAGCUACGAGCUGGAGCGGAUGGGAGUGACCUUCCCGGCCCGAGCUCACACCAAAUCCCCGUUCGACCCCGACAACAAACGUGUGAAAGGCUUUUACUGAAGGCUGAUGGGCUGCCCAGAGGGCAGAGGAGCUGCGGGCUGAACUCCUGGCCCCUGCUGGCUCCGGGGUCAGCUGCAAGAGCCGGGCAACCCCCUGGAACUCACCAAGCCACUGUGGGUCAAAUCAAGGGGAGAGGAGGAAAAGAUUCCAAAAAGUGCAAAGACUCUGCUGCUCUGUUUGCCCAGUGAAGCGGGGACACUGCAGCAAUAAUUCUUUUCCAUGGGUUAAUUGGCCUGCAAACAGUGUUUGGUCUCACUGUGUGUGAAGUGGUUUCAAUUUUUGUCUGUGCUGGAAUCUCUUUCCCCCAAAUGUAGCCUGGAAAUGAAUUUUUUUUAAAGUA